GUUACAGAGGCACAUAAUGGGCUCAUGGACUGAACCCCACAAUUCAUUUAGCUAAGCAAGUUACAAUCUUGAUGAGCUAGUUACAAAAUUCAAUAUAAGUCGUCACAUCAACACAUGUGCCCGGCGCCACAUUUAUACGUGGCGCCACCAGCACCAGCUGACCACCACAGACAACAAGUGUGGAGCCACAACACCAAGGAUCAGCUGACGCCAUCAACACCCGCGGUGCUGUGGCAAGUCUCCCUCUAACACCCUGCUCUCUUGUGUCGCCGCUCCUCUCUCUACACCACAACGUAACAAGCACUGUUGACACUCUUAUCAUCCUCGACAUAACCGCCUCUCCCAACACCUGUACUGGUGCAGUCAUCGGGAUAAACCCUUCACGCGGACUACACCUACUAUCAAGAUCAUACCACAUACCAACAACAAUAACUCUCUUCACCUUCACCCUCGCCCUGAGUCCUCCAACCUUCUGGCACCAACAAAGAUGGCUGGUGCCAGGAAGCCUGCCACUUAACAUAAAGAGACCUCAGUAAGCUUAACUACUGAUCAUCCACAGGAUACAGCCCACUCCAGUUGCCUAACUCAUGGACUAUAAGAAGAAUGAGCAACGUGUGGCUCUUUAAAUCAGAAGAUAAAAAUGACACGCAAUAUACUGACAAACUUUCUCGGUCUGGGUUCUCUCCUUUUCAUAUCCCUGCCCUUUGCUUCAAAUUCUGCAACCAAGAAUCUCUGAAGAGCUCACUGCAGAGUCCCCAAGACCAUAGUGGCAUUAUCUUUACAAGUCAGAGAGCAGUAGAAGCAGUUGCUGAGAUAUAUAUAAAGUUGCCCCUUAGUUGCCAUGCUGGGUGGAUUGAGAAAAAGAUAUUUGUUGUCGGAGAUGCUACUGGAAGAGCUGUUCAAAGUUUAUUGAAGCUUACAUGUAUAGGACAUGAAUCGGGAAAUGCACAACAACUCGUUCCAAUCAUAAUUAAGGAGACAGUAGCAUUUGACAAACCUCUCUUAUACCCUUGUGGCAGUUUAGCGAAGGAUGAAUUGCCAAGGCUGCUUGUUAAUAAUGAUCGAGAUUUUAAAGCUCUUGUGGUGUAUGAAACAUCACAGCACCCACAACUGAAGUACACUAUACAGAAACUGAUCUCUGGUGGUCAGAGGCCUACACACAUGGUGUUUUUCAGUCCAUCUGGUGUCAAUUUUGCUUUGCCUGUUCUUCAGUCUUUGAGUGUUGAUAUAACAGGAGUCAAAAUGAUUGCAAUUGGCCCAACAACAAAUAUUGCUCUGGUUCAACACAAAAUUCCGGUGUUAGGAGUGUGUCCGUCUCCAACUGCAGACAGUCUUGUGCAUCUUCUAAAUUGUCCACCCUGAAUAUAGUAUAAAAUGUAUGGUUGACAAAAUAAAGAUACAGCACCUAG